AAGUAACGAAACAACACGACAGACAAACAGACUGACAGACAGACAACAGAACAAAACGAAGAAGACGAGGACAAGAAUUGAGAAUAUUUGAAAUAUUUAAAUGUUUCAUCAUCAUCAUUGAAUUGUAACGACAACUAUUAUUUUAAAUAAAAAUUUUGAACAUGUAGUACUUAUAUACAUAUUAUUACUUAAAAAGAAGACAAUUAUAUUUGCUAUUAAUCCAGUCAAUAUAAAACAAUGAUCAAUAAAAUAUUGAAAUUUAUAAUUGUCACAUUAUGGUUACUGCAGUUACCUUUAACAGUUCAUUCACGCCAUCACAAUCGCAAUAGCGGCGGGGGACAGGGUGGCGGUGGCCGUUAUCGCUCCCUACAAACUCAACAAUUAUCGAAUAUCGAUGUACGUGAUAAAAUCCUUGAACUACAAUGUUAUGCCAAGUGCCAAGAAUCGUUGAGGGGCAAUAAUAUCGACUAUGAGCCCUGUCUAACGAAAUGUCAAAUGGAUAUGGUCAAAGCCCCCCGACGUGGCUAUUGUCCAGCCAUGCAAAAUGCCAUUUUUCAAAAUAUCAACGUACAACCGUUGCAAAAACUGUCGUGUCUCGACAACUGUAGCUACGAUUUCGAUUGUCCCGAAGUGCAGAAAUGUUGCAAUUCCGCCUGCGGACCGGUGUGUAUGCAGCCGAUUGGGGUGCGUGACGAUAGCCUGCUGCCGCCCAUACCAAAGAUACUUAAGUGUGGCCUUAUACCGCGAGAACAAAAAGUUGAAAUAACAUUGCAAUCGAAUUCAUCGUAUUACUUUCAUGUGGAGGUGCGUUAUCAUAUUGGCUCGUUGUUGUCGCCACGAAAAUUGGGCACCUGGCAGUAUCAGGCAGUGCAAAAAUUAGCAGAAAUUUUAGAUUUGAAUAUAUUGUUAACUACUGUAGCAUUUUAUUUGAGACCCGGACGUUGGUAUCAAGUGAGAGUGGCAGCUAUUAAUGCUUAUGGUUUUAGAGGUUACUCGGAACCUUCUCAGGCAUUUACUUUACCUAAUCAUCCCAAACCACCAAAAGCUCCAGCGGAUUUAAAAAUCGUCUCAUCACAUUUUGAUGGCAAACAUGUCAAUAUUAAAAUAGUAUGGUGUGCUUCCAAAUCGAAUCUUCCCAUUGAAAAAUAUAAAAUUAUAUGGUCCUUAUAUGUAAAUAAUGUACGCGAUGAAUCUCUAAUAUCCAAUGAGGCCUUUGUUAAGGAACGCCAUCAAUUUGAAAUACCCAAUUUAUUACCCGAUUCUAGUUAUUAUAUACAAGUGCAGGCCAUGUCUAUAAAUGGCAAAAGACGUUUAAAAUCAGAUAAGCACUCCAUUCUCUAUAAUACCACAAUAUCACCGACUCAAGCCUUUAGUCCAUUAAAAUGUGGCAAAGAACACCAACUCCUAAGAGAUGGUCUAAGUAAUGCAUUUAACGAUGAUAGAUAUUAUGCGAAAAAGAAUUUAUACAAUGAUGGUGGUGGCGGUGGUGGUAGUGCUUUAACGUCAUUAUCUUCAACUUCUAGUUCUAGUUCCAGUUCCAUUUCUAGUUCUACCAUCCUAAAUAUAAAUACAAAUAAUAAUAAUACUAGUACUUAUGUUUCUAAAGCGGAAAAAUUUGAUGUCAAAUAUCGUCCAAAUCGUAAACUGGGCAUGUUGGUGAUUAUAUCCGGUUUCUUUUCAAGAGAUGAAAAAAUUUAUGAACUUUGUCCCAUUGAAACGAACUGCGGAGAAGGUGAAUACAAUGCAAUACGUGUAAAUAAGGAUUCACUGGUUUUCAGCAAACUUAGUUACAACACAACCUACAGCUUUAAGCCGCGCAGUAAUUCGGUAACUGCCGAUGACAAUAUUAAGGGAAUAACAUUUACCACACCGAAAUGUGAAAUUUUUCGCAAAGGCCAUCCAAAAGCUAAUAUUAAGUGUUAAUACCUAAACAAAAUGAGAUUUUUUUUUAUAAUAAGAAAAACAAAAGAAAAAUUAUUUUUAAAAAACCAUAAA